AUGAGCAGAUUCCUUCUGUUUACAUUACUUCUAUUAUCUUCCUAUACUAAUGGAAAACGAACAAAGACUAUUCGGCCCCAAAAACCUCUCAAAAAGGAUCAGGAUGGAACGUAUGGUCUUUGCGAAAAUGAAUUCGGACAGAUGUAUUAUUACAAGGAAUAUGAAGGGCAGGAAAACGUGUGCGAGAAAGACAUAGCAAAAGUCAAGUACAGCAACAGAAUCAAUGAGACAGGGUGGGCAUUCGUUGAGGUUGAAGUAUCAGGGAGAGUAACAGAGCCAUUCCAACAAGGUUAUGCAGCAGGUUUUGUCGAAGGAAGAGCAACUCGCGAACUCAUCCAGCUCCACAUUUCAAACACUGUUGAUGGCUUUUGUGAAGGUGCAGAGAAGUUUUGCGAGGACCUUAACCAAUACUUGCUGGAUAAUUUUCUUUGGAUGGAAGAAGAGAUAGCUAAAAACCCAAAUAGUCACUACUGGAUACAGGUAAAUAUGACUAUCAAUCAACUUCUCGGCAUGAUCGACGGCUACGAAGGGAAUUUAGGACGUCGUUUGUCGCUAAAAGACAUAGUGUCACAUCCACUCUUCCUUAUUCAACUCGCUGGAGAUAUCGAGGAUUUAGCGGUGAAAUUCAAAAAACCAGAAACUCAAAGGAGUCUUCUCGCUGGCACGGGGCAUUGUUCAGCGCUUGUGAAGAUAUUACCCGACCACUCCGAUAUCUAUUUCUCACAUGUUACAUGGGCAUCGUAUUCGUCGAUGCUUCGUAUGCAGAAACGCUACACAUUUGCUACACACGAUCCGGGAAGAAGUUACGCAUUCAGCAGCUAUCCAGGAUCAAUAGCAUCGAUCGAUGAUUUUAUCGUUACAUCUGCAGGCCUUGGAAUUCUAGAGACAACUAUCAGCAAUUACAAUGAAGAUUUGAUGCAGUACAUGACUCCGCAGAGCGUAUUGUGUUGGAUCAGGACCCAGGUGGCACACCGCACAUCAUCUUCGGGGCUCCACUGGGCUAAGACCUUUGCAAAGCAUAACUCUGGCACCUAUAACAAUCAGUGGAGCAUUCUGGAUUACAAAAAAUUCCAUAGAGAUCACCGGGACAAGUUGCUGCACGGUCUUCUUCACGUACUUGAGCAACUGCCGAACCAUAUCGUACAUACUGACAUGACACACACCCUAUUGCGACAAAAAUACUGGCCGAGUUAUAACACUCCGUACUUCCCUAAAAUCUUUGAAUGGUCUGAAAGCGGAAGAAUGGUGAAGAAAUAUGGCGAUUGGUUCAGCUACGAGAAGACACCUCGAGCAUUGAUUUUCCGCAGAGAUCAUGACGACGUGACCGAUAUGAACAGUAUGAUUCGACUGAUGAGGUCAAACAACUACACUGAAGACCCACUAUCGAGGUGCGAAUGCGAUCCGCCGUACUCUGGAGAGAAUGCUAUCUCUUGUCGCAGCGAUCUGAAUCCACCGAAUGGAACCUAUCCGUUCCCAUCACUUGGACAUCGAGAUCACGGAGCCACGGACAUGAAGGUAACUAAUUCGCAUCUGAUUGAGUCCUUGUCAUUCACCGCCACUGCUGGUCCCACCCACGGCCCUACACCUGUCUUUGAUUGGAACAGAGCACCAUUCAAGGAUAUAGUGCCGCACAAUGGGCACCCAACGCAAUGGACAUUCAAACCUAUCACUCAUCAGUGGGAGUCAUCGUUGUACACUAAUAACCAGCAAGAUCUAAAGUGA